GAGUUGGACCCGAGAGCGCAUCUUCGCUUUUUAUCCUCUUCUUCCAGCUUCUCUGCACCUGAUUUCUGAUAACAUAUCAUUUAAACUCGUGCAUUUCUCUUUAUUUUCUCUUGUUUUUGUCAUGGCAAAGUGGUUGGUUUUAUUAUAUCUUCCACAAGUCCUUCUGCCUUUAGUUUUUGGACAGCAGCGCCCGGCCGGACCCUGGCGUCACCGCAUCCAGUGGGAGAACAACGGGCAGGUUUACAGCUUGAUGAGCACCGGAUCAGAGUACCAGGCUCCGGCUCGGUCUGGCAGCCAGUCCAGAGUUUAUCUGAGCAGGAGGAGGGAGGGCGCUGCCAGCAACGUGCCCGGUGCGCACAGAGGAGCGCAGGUUGCGAGGUCUACUGACGCCCAGCGCUUCAAUUUCUCUUCAUCCGGGAGUUUAAGAGACUCGUUAAGGAGAAGAGAAGCUCUUGGCGCAUCCAGUAUCACAGGAGAGCAGCACCGACUCCAACAGUUACGCGCAUUGCGGGACGGGAUGCUUGUCUCCGGGCAACCCGCGCAUCCAUCAAUUCUGGAAACCGAAUCUGACGCUCCCGCCCCGCUCCCCGUGUCAAGAGUUUAUCUAACAAACGAGGCAGACGGAGACGGCAUGGUCAGCGACGACCCCCGAAAUCCGUUCAGAACGCACCGGAACUCUGUUUUUUACAACAUGUAUCCCGCCAGAGGGAGGCCAGUGGGCCGGACGCGCCACCCGCCCGGGACUGGGUACGGAACCAGGUACUUUCAAAAUGGACUGCCAGACCUCAUUCCAGACCCCUACGCCAUCCAAGCAGGGACUUACGUCCAGCGCAUGCAGAUGUACGCGCUACGCUGUGCUGCAGAGGAAAACUGUCUGUCCAGGUCGGCUUAUGCGCCCAACGUUCGAGACAUCGACUUCAGAGUUCUGCUGCGAUUCCCUCAGAAAGUGAAGAACCAGGGAACCGCAGACUUCCUCCCGCUCAAGCCCAGAUAUCAGUGGGACUGGCACAGCUGUCACCAGCAUUUCCACAGCAUGGACGCCUUCAGUAACUACGACCUGCUGGACAUCAUGACGGGACGUAAAGUGGCCGAGGGACACAAGGCGAGUUUCUGCCUGGAGGACACAGGCUGCGACCCCGGAUUCAGACGACGCUACGCCUGCACGUCUCACACGCAGGGACUGAGUCCAGGCUGCCAUGACACUUACGCCGCCAACAUCGACUGCCAGUGGAUCGACAUCACCGACGUGCCUCCAGGAAAUUACAUCCUGCAGGUUACAGUGAAUCCCAAUUUCCACGUCCUGGAAUCAGAUUUCACCAACAACGUUGUGAGGUGUGACGUCAUAUACACGGGCGUUUAUGUUCAGACACGUGGCUGUCGAAUAGCAAGGGCUUAAAUAUUUCUAAAGUCUUGCAUCAAGCUGCUGGAUUUCUGCAGCAGAACGUCGCCUCCUGUAUUCUAAGAAAAGCAACUGGUGAAGUUUGUAUUACAGAUUUAAAUGGAAAAAGUUGCAUUUAUUGGUCAUUUCUGUAAAAUAUUGUGAAUGAAACUAUAGAUUUAAAAAGAAUUACUUGAUUAUGCAAAAUUAGCAAGUACUGUUGCUUUGAGAAGCAUUGCUUGUCGGCUUUAAAUCUUUGUUUUGUUGUCUUUUCUCGGCUCUGUUCUUGUUGUGCUCUGCUCUGUCCUGUCUGUGUCCGCAGGGAUACUUGUAUAUUUUAACAAUAAAAACUCCUGGAAAGUUUUAAAACCAGCAGCAUUUUUGGUCAGGCUCCAUCUUCCAGGCUGGACAGCCGUCAAGUGAACGUUGUUUAGUCUGAACCCAACUCUGGGGAAAACAAUCUCAGAAACCUCGAAGAUUUGUCCCGAGUUAUGUAGUUUGGUUUAUUUAAAAAGCUGCACGCAGCAGGAUACUGAAACAACUGUCAAGUGUUACUUCUGGCAACUGUUGCACAAACAUGGCAACCUCAUGGUGGAUGUGGGCUCGACCAAAAGUAGCUGUGAUAAUGAAGGAAUGUCCGGUUUAAACAGAACAACCAAAUAUUUUCGGGGCACAUCAGAUUUGUUCCCCAUGACACACGAAACACUGAUUAUCCUGUGACUUUUUCUUCAACCUCACAUCUGAUUUGCUGUUUCCAAGCAUAGAAAUUUACCUACACAAAUUAAUGUGGGCUUUUAAUGAUUAAUUAGAAAUGUACUCUUUCCAGAUGUUCUCUCCAACGAAGACACUGGUGUUCCAGUUAGACUAAAACCUCAUUGGUUUUGGGUUGUUCCUUAAUAUUAUGACCAGUUUCCUCAUAGGAAAAGCUGCGUCUCCAUUACAAGUCUUGGUUGCUAUUCUGCAGAUGCCCAAAAAAAAACACAAUUUCACAACUGCGGUGUUGCCAUUAAAUAAGAAAUUAAACUAAAAUCAUGCAAUAAGUCAUUGGAAGAGAUGUUGCACCAUUAUCCUCCAACUACAUCCUGUUGAUCAUUUCAUCCUAGUGCAAAAACUAUCAAAUUUUUUAUUUUUUUUAAAUUGUGUUUCCAUUAAGUACAUUUAUAUUUGUACUUUAAAUUUGCACAAUUUUAUAAAAACGGAGUUAGUGAUAGUUUGGAUCAGAUGGCUGAUUGAACACAGUUAGAACAAGGCAAUGAUCCUUGACACAUCAAAACUGGCUAUGGAGUUAAUUUAACAGAUUAAUUCAUUUUAAUUUAGGCUAAAAUGAAUCCCCAACUCAGCUCUACUGAAGAUCUAAGAACUGGGUUGAAAAACCAGAAUAAAAUUAGAUAAAUACCCACAAAGAACUGCACAAAAACUUGUCAAAGGCUACAAAACAUUAUUUGUCAGGUUAUAGUUUUAUGAGGCACAAUAAUCAACCAAAACAUGUGCAUCUAAAAACUUGCUUAUUAAAAAAAAGAAUUAAAGUUUUUGUACAUUAUUACAUCCUGGGGCUCCAUAGUGGUGCACUUUAUAUUGACAAUGAAUUGAUGUUUCUCUCCUAGAAAAAGAAGUGUUUGAAUCAAUCUUUAAAAGCCUGAAAUUAAUAUAAACUGUCGAGUGAGUGUGAAAUUUCUGACCUUACGUACAUGUGUUCAUGUGGAUCUCGACUUUAUUUUAAUAAAAUAUUCUUGAGAACUGAUUCCAGUUGGAUUUAAAUCAACGCACUUUGUUGAGUGUUUAAAUUUAUGAGAGCAACAUUUCUAAAGUAAACCUAAAUCGCCUCUUCUUUAUUUGCA